GGAAUCUUAAGUAGGUUCGAGAUCAUCUCCGAAGCAUGAAAGUUACAUUGCCAAAAUAUUCAACUAUAAUACAUCUCAAAAAUCAGGAAUUUUGAAGAAGGAAUUGCCAGUAUAAGACCAUUAAAUAUGUAAUUAGGUAUUUAUAGGUUAGUUAUUUUAUGAUUACAAAAUCCCUUUAGUCUGUGAAAUUAUAGGAAUCUCCAAUUCAGAAAAGCUAGGGUGGUCAAACCAAAAAAAAGAAGGCCAAUCGCGUUGUUUUUAAAACUGAAAUAGACGAGAAUAAUAACCUAUAAGUUGGUUUUCAAACAUAACGAAAGAGUUACGAUUGCGUUACAGUAGAGAACAAAAUCAAUAGUUACAAUUUGAUUUCUAGCAUGUACGAAUUAGAAACCAAAAACAUGGAUCUUUAUGUGGAUCUUUAGGAUAAAACUACUCAAAUUUAAUUAAUGCAAGCAUAAAUUGAAUAAUAAAAAAUUAAACAUUAAUCAUAAAUUAGACAAUAUAUUUUAGAAAAAGAGGAACUUCUCUUAAGGUAAAUUAUGUUACAAUAUCUAGAAUUUAAAAUCUUGAAAAAUAAUCUGAAUUGCAACAGAGAUAUAUAGAAUAAUUACCUCAAUUUGAAGUUGAAGCUCAAGAAUGGAAAAUCAGAUUCCUCAAAUUGAAUAAAUAAUUCCACCUAUAGUAGGAGACCUUGGUCAGAUUAGAAGCAGAAUAGUAGAGUAGUCAACGAAGACAUAUUGAUGUAUUCAAUUAUUUUAAUUAAAUUAUAUGAAAGAAUUAAUUUCUCAGAUUUUAACAGUAACCUCACCCUAUUUAAACACAAAAGCUAAUUAUUGUUAUAAUUAAUUUAAUAAACCUUCACUAUUUUUUCUUUCCAACUAGUUAUAUGAGAUGUAAGAAGAUUUAGAUCUUUAAGAGCGUCUGCCAUUAUCCCCUUCUAAAUAUUCACUAUUAAAAUUAAUGAAAAGAGAUUCAUAUUUCAUCAAUUACAAUGAAAGUGAUGAGAUGAGAGAAAUUCAGGAAGAUCGGGAAAAAAUUUAAUAAGAAUACGAGAAUAUAGAAUUCAUAAUUGGUCAUUAAUGGGAGGUGAAAAAAACUUAAAAUAAAAUCAAUGAAAAUGAUGAGAUGAGAGAAAUUGGAGAAUAUUGGGAUAUAUUUUAACAAUAAUCUGUCGAUAUAUAAGACAAUAUAGGAAUUGAUUAAAAUAAAAUCGAUGUUCUUAGUCCACCUAAAUAAUCAGAUUAAUAGAAAAAAUCAAUAAAAAAAAAAUUUCAGGACAAAAGCUAUUGCAGAUAUAUCUUAUUAUAUGUAUUUCGUACAAUAGAAAAUAAAUAAUUUGCUGAAAUCAUUGGAGAUAUAUGUAGUCAAUUUUAGGUGAACUACGAUACCUUCGUAGAAUACUAUAGAAAAUAGAGAAUAUUAAUAAUGGGUUACCAAGCAUUAAAAAAGGAAUUAAUCUAUGAAAACCAAUCUCUACCUAUUUAAAACCGCAAAAAAGCAUUUAAAUAAGUUCUCGCUUGGUACUUGGAUAAAUUAGCUACGAAGCAUAUUUUAUCAAGCAAAAAAUAAAACUUCAAGGAGUAUCUCAAGUUUAAAAAUUAUGUCAUGUCUUAUUAUAUACACAAUCCAAAAAGUUGGGCAGGAAAUAAGCCAUAAUGGACAGGAACUGACAUUUGAGUUAUAGAAACUUAGAAAUUUUGAAAUGUAUAAUAAUGCUAAUAUAUUAU